AUGAGUUUUACAUCAUUCUCUGGCAAUCAACGGUCUAUCGUGUCCGAUGCGGCGCGUCGAGCGGACUUCAAUGAGAUUCCAAUCAUUUCCUUGAAAGCCGACAAAGCCGAUCUCCUGGCUCAGCUCACAGACGCAUGCACACGUGUCGGCUUCUUCUACCUGAAGGACCAUGGUGUUCCACAAGAGAAGAUCGACGGGCUCUUUGCCAUGGCUGAAUCCUUCUUUGCCCAGUCCUCAGCCAAGAAGAACGAGAUCAACUACAAGAAGUCGAAAAUCCUGCGCGGCUAUGAACCACCUGCUGAGGUCAGGACCGAUGAGACACGGAAGCCAGAUCUGAAUGAGGCGUUCAAUUGGGGCUAUGAACGAUCCUUAGAUCCUGCUCGAAGCAAGUCUGAAACUAAGCAGCCAGACUGGAGCGACAAUCCUAUGUCAGGGGAGAACGUGUGGCCAGAUUUUCCAGACUUCAAGGAGACCGUCGGUCAAUACUAUGGUGAAGUUUUGGGUCUCGCAAGGCGAAUGAUCAAGCUAUUCGCAGAGGUACUACUUCUGCCACCUGACUUCUUCGACUCGUUAGUGUCGACUCCAGGCGCGAUGGGUAGAAUGAUUCACUAUCCUCCUCAGUCAGCGUCUGAUCCGAAUGCGCUUGGGAUUGGGAGUCAUACAGAUAUCGAAUGCUUUACAAUACUGUGCCAGGGCACAGUCCCAGCUCUGCAGAUAUUAAACGUGGAUGGAGAGUGGAUCCAAGCCCCUCCAGUCCCUGGAACGUUCGUCGUCAAUAUCGGCGACAUGCUCGCUAGGUGGACGAACGACCGAUUCAUCUCAACUGUUCAUCGGGUGUGGAAUAUCACUGGCCAGGAACGUUACUCGAUUCCCUUCUUCUUUGGCGUCAAUUAUGACGCAACCAUCAAGACGCUGGACUCUUGUCUCGACGAGGGAAAGAAGAGCAAGUAUGAGCCUGUAUUGGCUGGGGAAUAUGUCUACAAGAGAUUAGCUCAGAGCAGACUAGGACCGGAUGCCGUCAAGGCCGCUGCCUGA